AAUAUAGCAGUCCUUAGAGCUUUGUAGACAUCUGUCUAAUUCAAAUACCUAUCUAACGUGAUCAUUGAUAAUGUCUAAUAAAGAACCUAACAAAGUAAACACAUGUCGAAUAUUUCAUAAAUCUUCCUUUUGGUAUUGCAUUUAAUAUUAUUAUAGUGUGGUUAUUUGUUCAUAUGGCUGUCUUCCUUACUAGGCUGUCAACUUCUUGAACAUGGGGUCCACAUUUUAUCUUACAUAGUAAUAGGUGCACAAAUAUUUGACUUGAGAAUUCCCCACUUUUCCUGAAAGGAUGGGAGGAUAUGAAGGCUUCCCAAAGAAGGUAUUGUUUAAACUGAUUCUUAAAGUGUGAGUAGGAAUGUUUUCCAGAUGAAUAAAACUGUAUGACCAGCAGGGACCAGCAGGUGCAAAGGCCUAGAGAUACAAACAAACAAAGAUCACCUAAGGAAAAAACUGAAUGGGCUUGGCUAGAAGACAUGUCACAACUGAGUUUACUAUGACUACUGUUGCUCAGUAAUGGAUGCAAGUUUUAGGGAGAGAGCAUAAUAUUCUCAGGAUGUUGGCAGGGUAUCACUAACAGCUUAGAAAUAUAAGAAUUGAAUUCUGGGAAACUGUUAUACCAUAGUGACUUUAUUUACUUCCAUCAUGAAGUUCAUAUGUGCCCCAUACUGUUCAAAGUGCUGAAAAUAUAAACAAACUGAUUCUCAAGAAGCUCACCAUCUAUCAAGAAGACAGAUGGGUGAACUGAUUUAUCACAUGUUAAGUGAGAUAAUAGAGAUAUAAAUAAAAGCUGUCUAAACCAGCAGAAAGGAGUAGUUAGUAAUAUAGAGAGCACUGGGGAAGAUUUCUCAAAUGAGAUAAUAUUUGAGCAAGGCUUUGGUGGGUGAAGAGGAAGGAGUUCACUAGACUGAACAUAGAAACUUUUUAAAGAAUUAAUAUUUUUGUGGUAGAAAAGAUUUAAGAGCUAUCCAUGUUUGUCAUAUCUGUUGUGGGUGUACAGUUAAUAACUAUAUUCAAGCGGUUUCUCUAAACACAAGAUGUGAAUAGUUAUGCCAUAGUAGAAGAAUUUUUUGUUAAACUGGAUUAAACAAAGGUUUCUGUGAUGCAGGACUUCUCUAGAGCCUUUAUUAAUUAAUGUCCUCUUAAAUUAUGGAUCUCCAAAAGGGGUAUAUUGUAUUUAACCAUGGCCUUUCCUUUCCACCCACUCUGCAGCAUAUCUAAUCAUCUUUUGGAACAGAAUUAUAUGAGACAUAUUUUGAGGAAUGAUGAAUUAAAAUGUACUUUAACAAACCAAGAUUUAUCAAUCGUCUCCAUGUGCAUUGCAAAACAACCUGUAUAAUUUUAUAGGAAAGAAGGAGAGAUAUUGAGGAGAAAGAAUACAUCUUAGUCAACUUAUUGUCAUCUUGAUUCUAUCAUAAUGAAUGGAUCCAGUGUAGCCAAUACAUCACCUAAUGUAAAAUCCAAAGAGGACCAAGGAUUAAAUGGGCACGAUGAGAAGGAAAACCCAUUUGCAGAGUACAUGUGGAUGGAGAAUGAAGAAGAUUUCAACAGACAGGUGGAGGAGGAGCUGCAGGAGCAAGACUUCUUAGACCGCUGCUUCCAGGAGAUGCUGGAUGAAGAAGACCAAGACUGGUUUAUCCCCUCACGAGACCUGCCUCCGGCUAUGGGACAGUUGCAGCAGCAGUUAAAUGGACUGUCAGUCAGCGAUGGUCAUGAUUCCGAAGACAUUUUGAGCAAAAGUAACCUGAACCCGGAUGCCAAGGAAUUUAUUCCGGGAGUGAAGUACUGAACUGACAGAAAGCUUUGAGGAGAACUUGUAUGUCCCCACAUCUGGGGACAGUGCUGCACAAAGAGGCAGAGCUGAAGAGGGGGGUGGGGUGGGCGAGGGGUGCACAGUGGGGAAGGGGGACAGUGGUUUAACUUGACACUGUGAGUGGAGUAACUAAUGUGCUCAGUCUUACUCUACAAGCCUCCGAGUCUUUCUCUUUUGUUCUACAGACUUUGGUUUUGGGCAGUUUCCUAUUAUUAUUAUUAUUACUAGCUUUUUGAGUUAAGGAAAUUGCAAUCUUUUUUUCCCUUUAUCAGGAAUGUUCUGCUGUGUGUGUUUAAACAAAAUAAGCUGACCAAGAAAGUCUGGGUGUUUAAGAAUGCCCUUCUCACCCUGCUGUACACUUACCAAGGGCAGUGAACACCUGGAGAACUACUUAUCGAGUCCGUUAAGCUGGAUGAGAAGAGGGACGAGUGGAAGAAGCAGGUGUUGCAAAUCAGAGUACUCGGCCCAGCUCCCUUGACUCCCAGGGCUUUCCUGCAAUGAACCGGAUUACCAUGGCCUGCCAAGCCCAUGUCUCCUUGCCUGAAACCCCAUUCAAGAAAACACAGAUUUAAAGUACUGGGUUAUGGUAACUCUUGUGAUGGCUCAUGGAGGUUGUAAACCAGCAGGGGAGGGCUGCGACAGUGACUGUCCCUUGGGUCGCUUGGGUCACUCAAUCACUGCUGACCUGUUCUUAAGCCUCUGCUUAGAGCCAUCACCGAACUCAUUAUUCAUUAUUUACAAGGUAAAAGAGCUCUAGGAUGGGUUUGUCACUUCGACUCUCAUGGCAUCUAGUCCCCUAUCUCCUUUCCGCCCCAACCCUACUCUGUUUUUAAGGAAAGAUACUGUUACCAAAGGUGAAGCAGAGGCAUGCUGUGCAGGCCAUCAGCUUCCGCCUGGAGAAGUCAACCUUGAAUCCUGUUAGUUGUGUCUUAAGAGUAUUUUGACAAUUUUUUGCCAGCCCUGUGAAGACUUGGUCCUCCUGAUAUCUUCCCUUAUUAGUAAAUUAUUCCCAAUAAUUUUGCCCAAGUAAACAUAUUUUUCUGGACACCAGCAAGAAGCUCCAUUCACAAUUUGGAUGCUUCUCCUCACCUUACAGAAUUAUACAAAAAAACUCAAAAAAAGCCUGGGAGAAUGAGUCUUGGUUGACCCAUGUGACCAUGUGACCCACUGGUACAGUUUCAGCAAUUAUAAAGUUUUGCUGUUCCCCGACCCCCAGCUUUGCAAGUUUUCUAGGUUGGGCUCUUCGGGUAUGUUCCUUUUGUCUUUCCCGACUAUAAGUCACAGGGGUUUUGGCUGAUACUCAUAAGGAAUUAAAAUGGGCACCAGAAGCUGCCUUUGUGUGAUAAAGAUGUAGAUGGCAGAGUUAGGUCUAAAAGAGAACAUGUCUUAGUCCUGGCCCUUCUCCCAGGACAAGGAUUUGCAGAGGCCCGAGGGGGACAGUGGCUUCUGUGUGACUGCUACUGUGUUAUGCGACAGGCCUAUUAGGAAAAGGCCAUGUAACGAAAUAAAGUCUGUUAAAUUCAGUAUGUGGAUACGGGACAGAGGUUGGAAGGAAAGGACCAGCGUCUAGAAAGCUUAGGAAUCUCUCCCUUUUCUUAUGUGCUUCCUUGUUGACUUUUUGAACAGCUGCAGGCUAAUGUCAGUUUUAAAAUAUGAACCCACAUCUUUCCCUCAUUUGAGUCUAUAGGAUGGCAUUGUUUGAAGGAUGGCCCUUUUUGUUACGUCAGCGACAUAGGAGAGUAGCUUAAGGAGCUUGUAUUGCCAGACUUGCAUGUUAAUUCCUGAAGCCUCUACCCUGAGAGAAUGGAACACUUAACCCAUUUUCAGGGAGGCCUCUGAAUAAAGAAACUUCUUUAUUCCAGCUUCAGCUUUCAGCUGGGGUUGUUGCCUGUAAUAGGGAAAGGGCCUUGGAAGUGCAGGAAUAGAGGUGUGUCUGUGUUGGGACCCCUUUUCCUCCUUCAGUCUCCAUUACCUUAUCCAAGCUCAGAGUCCUGAAGGCUGUUGGAAAUAUGUUGAGACUGCAGAAAGAGCCAUUUUCUAGAGUGUGGGUGUCUCCAUCACAAAGAUAUAAUGGAUUCUCGUGUGCCUCCCAAUCUGGAAAGUCCUAUAAGGAUCCAGAUGGAGCCAUUUCUUCAUUCUGAAGAAGGCUUGUUCUCCUGACCAGGAUAGGCUAAGAUACUAUGUGCGGUCCAAGUCCUGUCUGCUGUGGAGUUCCAUUUUGGAUGCCAGUCUUUAGCACAGUUUCACGAGGCAGAUUUGGUCAGGACUAAGAGAGCUCCCUGCCACAUGAGCAGUGAAACCUGAGGGCUGGACUUUCCAGUCCUAUCCAGACACAAGAGUGUGCUGACUCCAGGAUCAGGAAGCAGCCAGCAAUGUGACUGGCCCCUUUCUUAACGAGUAGGCUUGCACUGCAGUUUCUUUCCGUAGCCUGGCUCUUUUCUCCAUUGUUCAGAUCUUGUGAGGCAGGAGCACAGUUGUCACCCAGAUCAUAGGCUCAGCUAGAGAGUUUGCCAGCUCCUUAGCAGAAAAAUUCAUGUGGGUCUCGUUGGACCUUCACUGGGAAAAGGCUGGGGGCCUCUGUCUCCAACUUUUGCCCUUUGUAGCAAACAUUCUGACUGCGUACCAGCCGGGGCAUCUUUACCCUUUAAGGGCAAGGCUGGUAUUUCUAAGUGAUUAUUUUCAUGUCGAAUUUAAGCCACUACUGUGUUUAAACUUUUCCUAUUGGCAACUGAAGUUUGAGGAUUUGCAUAGAAAUACAAUAGGUAUUUUCAACAUGUGCCAAUUCUGGCAGAUCCCAGUGUUAGUUUAUUAGUGACUGAUUUCUGAGUCUUGUGAUUAUUGGACUCUCAAACUCCAAGAUGAAAAUGAUUUUAUCUCUUGCUCUUCAAGAGAAAAAAAACAAAUCGAGGAAGUGCCUUUUCAGUUUCUCCACGUCUUUGAACUGCAGCGGAAAAUCUGACGGACACAGCCUAGGCCUAAGCACCUGCAGCUGUGGGUCCUUGGGCAUUCCUGACACAACAGCUGACUCUGGGGGUCACGUAUGGUCAAACCAAAACGGAUUGUAAGGAAAAGGCUGGACGUUUGCAGCACCUUUGGUUCUCAAAGUCAAAACAGCUGGGGUCUCUUUAAGAGGCUAACUAUGGCCUAAAAAAUGUUUUCAGUGAAAUACUAAGCAGCAUUUUUUAAAUUGUGUACUGUCCUAGUGUGAGUUUUGUCUUGAUUUU